GUUUACUCUCCCAAAUUGUGUCAAUUUCAGAUCAAGGUCACUAACGUUAUCUGUUUUCGUAUUCGGAUAAAGUAAAAUAGCUCAAGAAACUCGCUUCAUUGUCCAAUCCUUAUCUCCUCCGAAAAAUUUACCUAUUCAAUUGAAUUUGUAAUGUGAUUACAUAUGAAGAUGUCAACGCGCCGUAAUUUCUAUUCAUUAUCUGGUAGAAAAUCACAUACACAUGAAAAAUCAGGAACACAACAACAUUCUUGGAAAAACUUCUAUAGGUUGGAUGGUGAUCCUAUUGGACGUGGCUAUGCUGGCAAGGUUUACAAAGUAUUUGCGGACAACAUAAAUUUACUGGAAAUUUCAAGUUCAGACUAUCAGAAUUUUUCGACAAUUAUAUGUUCAGAAAAUUAUUUUGCCAAGCCUGGUGAAUAUUUUGCAUGUAAAGCAAUUCGCAGAUUCCGUGGAGGAAAAGAUACUUUCUCAAAAAUCACUUCUGAGAUACGAGCGAUGAUCAAUUUACAGAGCUAUUCAGGCCACUACUUUGAAAAUAACAAUCUUGCUUGUACUGAUUCAUUCCUCAUUUCGAUCCAACCAGGAAGUCGAAUGGAUCCGCCAAAAUCCGCCUCACCUAAACUAUUUGCUGUUCACGAAGAUUCAUUGGAAGUAGCUAUCGUUAUGGAAUACGCACAUGGAGGAUCAUUAUAUGAUUUAUGCGGAUAUGCCUACCGGAAUUGCAGUAUUUCCACGUCACCUAAAACAGAUCAUCAGUUUAUAAAGUCUCUUGAGGAUGGAUUGCCUGAAGUAUAUGUUUGUCAAUUACUCGUUAGUAUUCUUGAAGCAUUGAUGUACAUGCAUGAAUCCUUAAAAAUGGUUCAUCUUGACGUUAAGGCUGAAAAUGUACUGUUACGUCAACCUUAUCCAUCUACUGAUGUCUUUCUAACAGACUUUGGCCUGGCAACUGUAUUAACUGAAGGGAAACAACAUCGUGAACUAGCAGGAACACCAGACUAUGUUGCUCCAGAAAUUAUCAACUAUGAUCCUAUCACAUUUGCUACAGAUAUGUGGUCUGUUGGAGUUCUUACCUAUUAUCUACUCACUGGCAUCUCACCGUUUCUUGGUGAAGAUAAAAUGAUUACUAUGCAAAAUAUAACUCAUGCAACAAUUACAUAUCCAGAUGAACUAUUUAAGCAUCGUUCAUCAAAUUCAAUUGAUUUUAUUCAACAUCUUCUUCAAAGAUCACCAAAACGACGUAUGUCUGCAAGAGAAUGCCUCAAUCAUCCUUGGCUUCAAUCAAUUCAAACCAACGCGAAUGUGAAAGACAUUCAAUCAAAUGAAUUAUUACAAAGUGGCAAUUUCUCAGAGCUGUCAUCUAGUGACAAAUGUAACCUAAAUCAUCCAUUGGAAUUAUGCUAUGCAGAACCAAUAUUUGAACUAAGCGAUGAAUUGCUUUCUGCAUUCUCUCUAUCCUUCUUUACCCUAGAAACCCCUGUACAUAUUACCCCACGUGUAAAUCCAAUUGCUCAAAAUAUUAUUAUCAAUUCAUUGUCUGAAGUAUAUGCUAAUCAUCCCGAAGAUAUGAAGAUGUACAGUUCAAUGAUUGUAGGAUUAACAAAUUUAAUGUCUAAUAUUCAUGCAAACAGAUUAUCUUCGCUAGACAUUGAACCAGUCGUCAAUCAGUAUAGUUUAAAUUUAUCUAAAAAUUUAAUUAAUGGACAUUUUAAUCUAUUGAAGGUGUUAUCGACAACAACAACAACAACAAGACCAACGACUGAGAAAUCUUGUCCAGUUAACCGUGUUCAUUAUUAUUAUAAUUACUGUAAUUAUAACUUGGCUAUUAAUACUAAUGAUAAGAAUGAUGAUGAUGAUGGUGAUAGUGAUUCAUCGACUGAAAUGCUACCAUUGAUGCCCUUAUCAUCGACAAUUAUACCACCAACUGUUCAACUGCCAAUUAAAUAUUUAUCUAAUUCUUUUACCAACUGUGAUGCUGACAAUUUAUAUGAUGAUGACAUUUACGCCUCAUCGAGUCUAUUUGUCUUAAGGCUGAUACAAGCCUAUUCAAUGUUAUCUACAAUAUAUGAUUUAAAUUAUAAUAACUUGCUUAGCUAUGAUUGUGAUACAUCUAACUAUACUACUGACACUAUUACUAGUAGUAGCAGUAAUAUAACCAAUAAUAUUACAUAUAGUUUUAAUAGUAAUAAUAACAAUAAUCGAGUCGGGAAUAGUCAUCCAAUGUCAAACAUUGAUCCACUGCUGGCUGAUUCUUUUCACUCAUCAUCAAAUAAAAUGACACAAACCAACAGAGAGGUCUCCGAUGAAGACCUAUUGUAUGCAGGUGUAAAGAAAACGCCGAUUAAAGUGUCUCAGUAUACCAUUGACACUUUACCGAAAGUGGAUGAGUGUAUUCUGCCAAGAAUUGUUAAAUCGCAUAUUUCUACAGUUUGUAUACAACUGAAAUCUCCUUCAGGACAAUAUAAAAUUGUAAUAAAUCCAUUGGAGAAUAAUAAUAAUAAUCGAUAUAAUCAUUCAUGGGAGAAUUCAUCUAUUGAUUUUUCAUGGAUUGAAUAUAACAGUUGUAAUGACGAAAAAGCAUGCCAUGUCUUAGAAUCACCUCUAACCUCUCCAUCUUUAAUAUCGUUUUCUUCAUGUGAUCAUGAACAUCAACACCACCACAAUCAUCAUGACUCUGUUCCCUGGAUGGAAAAAUUUAAUGAUCACAAUACUGGACAAAUAAAACAAUCAAUUAGCCAUCAAACCGUCUACAACAUCAACAUCGGUUCAUCUAACCAACAAACAAUUAUGGAGUCGUGCUAUUGUCAAUUUAGGCAUGUAAAAUUCUGUCUAUUAUUCACUCUGAAUCGUAUACAAACAUUGAGUAAUAAAUUAUUUUUUAAUUUUAUGAAUAUCUUUCGUUUAUCUGUAAGAAGUCUUUUUUCACAAUUAUUAUCUUCAUCCUACUUAUCUUACAAUAAGUAGUAGAAUACGGAGAAGAAGAAGAAAGAGAAAGUGCUUAUAUAUAUUUUAGACAUUAUGUAAUCCUUAUGCAAUUGAAAUUAUGUAAUCAAUUAAUUUUGCUGCUUACUGUUUCAUCUCAGAUGAUUUUCUACUUGUUCAUUUGUUAUAUAAUGAGAAAGAAUUUCAUUACUAACUUGACAUCCAAUCACACCAAAACAAUAAGCGUUAUUCUACGUCAAUACACUUCGUGUAAUAACUUGAUUCUACCCAUGGUUUACAUUCAUUUUAAUAGAUUGUAUCACUUUGUAUUCUCACUGUAUAAUAAAUAAUGUUUACGGAAUGAAGGUUUGGAUGACUUCGUCUAGCAAUUCUUCAAUGAUUUUUUAUCUUUCGUCUUUUUUUUCUCUCCUUGUUACCGACUUUUGAUGAAAAAAUGCAACACAAUCAAAAGAGGAGUGAAGAGAGGGGGGAAUUUUUUCUUUAAAGAGAUCAGUCUCAGUUGAACUGAUUGAUAGAUUCUGUUUCUAUCCUUUCAAGACUUUCUUUCUGUCUUCCUCUACUUCCUCCUCUAUUCAUCUGAGAGAUACUGGAUACCUUUCUUACCACUCAACAAAUGGACGAAUGAAAACAAUUACUUUGACACCUUUGACAACUUCUCAAAGUUCAUGCAUCUUAAUCGAGGGAGAAAAAACACUUUAGGACAAUAACAGUAAUCUGCUUACCCUCAACCCGCCCCGCAAACCCCGCCUUAAUCAACGAUUAACUUCAAUUCAGAAGAAUCUGUAUUAAAAACAGUGAGGUACGACGAAUUGAAUAACAUCGAGUUUUGUCAUACUCCAUAUUCCUUCCUGAAACGAUUUCUGAGUGUCAGUCACUACGCGUGUGUGCGUUCGUGUGAAGCGCCACAGAUAUGCUGCUUAUCCUUCAGCUUUCAUUUAGUAAUGCGGUAAUCCGUCUAUCAUCAUAAACAUGACAGCAGAUAUAUACAUACACACACGCACAUCAACACAAAUACCUACAAGUAAAUAACGAACAACUAGAAGAUUUUGAUGAAUGUAUCAUUUAUGUACAC